UCGAAGAUGAACUUGGACUAUUUUCAUUCUUGGACUAUUUUCAUUCUUAUUAUUUUGUGCCAGAAAAAUAUUGGGGUUAUGGAGGGGACGAAAAGAACAAUGUUGGGUUUGUAAGUUUGCAAAAAACUAUUUUAGAUGGAGAUGGUCUCAUGGUAGAAUGGAAAGGGUUUUGUGUACUUGACAAAGAAGUUAGAUGAGGUUUUCUGGAGUUGGUUUGAGUUGUAUCAUUCCGGAGUUUUUUUGUCCAAGUGUGCAAUACCUAAGCAAAUAACUUACUUGUGUAUUAGGGUGUAGUGAAAUAGUCAGAUGCUGAGAUUAUGGAAUAUCCUGUCUGUUUGAUGGAAUUUUGGAGUGUAGCAGUUUUUCCAAGUGCAGAGGUAAUAUGUCAUGGAUAGAACAAAUUAAGUAGCUAGACUCUGCAGCUUCUUUUAUGAUCCGACUUUGUGGAUUAAGCUACACUAAGUACUUCUUGUGACUCAUUGAAGAAACCGGCACAAUGUUUAUGUUCUUUUACCAUUGCUGUUAGUAUAGACUUCCCUUUAACAUCUACACCACUCUCUCAACGGAGGUUGUCUCCUAGAUAUUGUAACCAUUCAUGUUUGCUCUGUCAUCUUCUCUCAUCUUUUCAUUGCAUUUACUUUUACUGCCAGCCACAUGAGGAGAAUCACUAUCUCAAGGUUGCAGCAGUUGAGAAUCUUUUUCAUCUCACAUAAUCUCUUAGAUGGAAAACCAGGGAUUCUGUUUUACUGCUUACUUAUCUUCUGCUAGUGACUAAAGUGCAGAUAAAGCUCAUGUAUCAAAAGAAAGAGUUCUAUACUCCAUUUUUGUUUUCAAUUGUGGCAAUUAAGAAAGACAUUUGCCUCUUACAUUUUCUCAGAAAGUAAAACUAGCUUCAUGGAUGAUAGUCGUGGGAAGAUAAAGGUUAUACCAGAUCACUUCAAAGCCUCAACAACCAGCGUGGAUUCUCAUCAAAACGGAACGUCAUUUGUUUCUCUACCACGAUCCGACAGUUCUUCAAGGUCUCAUAGCUGGACUCGAAAGGGUGCCACUUUCAUGUUGAACUUGUUUACUGUACGAGGGAUGCCAUGGGGUUCUAGCACCGAUGAUCAGAAAAAGGUUGAGCUACCUGCUGCUGAAGUAGAAUCACUUAGAUCACAAGUUGCUGAUUUAGAAGAGAGAGAAGCUCACUUGAAAGCUCAGCUGGAACAUGUUGAUGAACUUUUGCGGUCUGCUCGCCUUUCUGGUUAUUUGUACAUUCGUACUAGGUGGACAGCACUACCAGGAGAACCUCCCCCUUUAGAUGAUACUGAGGUUGAUGACUGGCUUCCUCGCUUUGUUGUCCUUCAUGGACUAUGUCUAUUCUUCUAUUUAUUGUCUACAGAUCUGAGCCCUCAAGACUCCACUCUCCUAUCUGAUAUUGUUGAAAUAGGUCCUCUUCCAAGCUUUACACGAGAAGAUGAGGAGACACGAUAUGCCUUCUAUAUGCUAACUAGUCAAGGACUGAGAUACGAGUGCUCAAGUAUUUCUAAGAUUCAGGUGGACUCUUGGUUGUCAGCAUUAAGAAGUGACUGCAAAGUGGAAAGAGAAGAAAUUUUCCGAUCUGCUUCCAGAGCCUCCAGGUCACUCCUCCCUGCCUCUAAAGGCUCUCGUUUCUACUCCGAAGGACGAGCCGCAGCUGCCGCUGCUGCAGUGUCAUCGAGAGAAACAGUCCCGUUUCUAGCUUCAUAUUACAGGAGGGCCGGUUCUGAGAGUACAUCUAGAGGAUGGAUUUCAGGAGCCCUUGCUAUUCCUGCAGCAGCUUUCAUGCUCCAGGAGCAGGAGGCACAUGCUGCAGAGCUAGAGCGUACUUUCAUUGCUAUCAAGCCUGAUGGAGUGCAAAGAGGACUGAUUUCAGAAAUCAUAUCUCGUUUUGAGCGGAAAGGGUUUAAGCUCGUGGCCAUUAAAAUAGUGAUUCCUUCGAAGGACUUUGCACAAAAGCAUUAUCACGAUCUGAAGGAAAGACCUUUCUUCAAUGGCCUUUGCAACUUCCUUAGCUCUGGCCCUGUUCUUGCAAUGGUCUGGGAAGGAGAGGGAGUGAUUAAGUAUGGUCGAAAGCUAAUUGGAGCUACGGAUCCACAGAAAUCAGAACCUGGAACCAUCAGAGGGGAUCUAGCAGUUGUUGUUGGAAGAAACAUCAUCCAUGGGAGUGAUGGUCCAGAGACUGCCAAGGAUGAAAUCAAUUUGUGGUUCAAACCAGAAGAGUUGGUUAGCUACACAAGCAACGCAGAGAAGUGGAUCUAUGGAGAGAACUGAUGCUUAUUUUUUGCCUUCCUUUACUAGUGAGUUGGGUUCCAAGCUAAGAGUGGGGGGUUGAAGCACAAUCUUUAGAAUAAAAAUGUCUUUUGCUGAGGUGAGUGAUAUCGUCAUUUGCCACAAAUACAAUUGGCUGAUCUGAAUUUUUAGCAAUAAUUAGUUCCACCUCUUGUCAUUGGACUCCAAUUAUCAAAUAUAGUGUUAUUUAUGCAUUCAUUCAAAUGCAAGUUACAAACA